AUGGCACAAGAAACAGUGGUGAUCAUAGUAGGUGCAGGGCCAGCAGGCAUAGCAACCUCUGCAUGUCUCAACCUUCUCUCCAUACCCAACAUAGUUCUAGAGAGAGAAGAUUGUUGUGCCUCUCUCUGGAAGAAAAGGUCUUAUGAUCGCUUAAAGCUUCACUUAGCAAAGCAAUAUUGUCAGCUUCCCAAUUUUCCUUUCCCAUGCGAUGAGCCCACAUUUGUGUCCAAGAAUGGCUUCAUACAUUAUUUAGAUAACUAUGUGUCCCAUUUUAAUGUCAACCCAUUGUACGGCCGAUCUGUCGAGUCUGCAUCGUACAAUGAGGCUGAUAGAAAGUGGUAUGUGGUGGCAAAAUUUGGGGUUUUGAACGGGGUUGAUGAUGCUGAAGAAGUGUAUGUUGGGGAGUUUCUUGUUGUUGCGACGGGUGAGAAUAGUGAGGGUUUUGUUCCAGAAGUUGAUGGGCUGGGUGAUUUUCGAGGGAAGGUGUUGCAUUCUUGCCAGUAUGAGAAUGGAGCGAAGUUUAGUGGUAAAGAUGUAUUGGUUGUUGGGUGUGGGAAUUCUGGUAUGGAGAUCGCGUAUGAUCUGUCUAAUUGGGACGCUCGAGCGUCUAUUUGUGCUCGUAGCCCUGUACAUGUGCUCACAAAGGAAAUGGUACAAAUGGGAAUGUACUUGUUGAAGUUCUUUGCAUGUGAUAUUGUGGACAAGACGGUUAUAUUCUUAAGCAAAUUAAAAUAUGGAGAUCUGUCUCAAUAUGGGCUUCCAAUGCCGAAGGAAGGUCCAUUUUAUAUCAAAGGAACCACAGGUCGAUCUCCAGUCAUUGAUGUUGGGACCAUCGGCAAAAUUAAGACUGGACAAAUUCAGAUUAUGCCAUCUAUAACUACAAUAGAUGGAGAUAACAUUGAAUUUGCAAGUGGCAAGAUAAAGCGAUUUGAUGCUAUUGUUUUUGCAACUGGCUACAAAAGCACAAUUCGAAAAUGGCUCAAGGAUGACAAAGGAGACCUUUUCAACGAAGAUGGGAUGCCCAAACGAAAAGUUCCAAAUCACUGGAAAGGGGAGAAAGGUCUUUACUGCGUUGGAUUUGCAGGGAUGGGAUUGUUUGGCAUUUCAAACGAUGCACAAAACAUUGCUAAAGAUAUCAAACAUAAUUUUGAUUUGCUUCAGUUAAUUAAUCCUAUGAAAAAAAAACAAAAACUCAUUACCUUUAUGAUUUUACUUUAUGCGAAGAGAUUAUUCAACGCUCCUAAAGCAUUAGCCAGUGGUGCUUCAGAGCCAGGGCUCACCUUGACUUAUUGGGGACUUAAGCAUCUCUCACCAGGGCUGGAUCGCUCCGUUGCCGCCUCAUCUCUCUUCGAUUCUCCGAUUUCCCAGCGAAUCUCCGAUAGCGAUUCCAAUCAGGGUGAUGAUAUUUCAUAG